AAUCACCCCAUAGUUCCACAUAUUUACAAAACCAUCCUCCUCCCUCUACUUAUCUGGCACUCAGGGGGGCUAGGGCAUCUGUAGUAGUAACGCCCCACUGCCACCAAUAUACCCUUUCUUCGCUUCUAACUGAUCACGUUGACACCGUCGCGCAUCAAUCCAGAUUUUCAUAAACGAGGCCAGAAGAGAUCGUAGCUGGUCGUCCUCAUCGUCAUCAAGCAAAAACUGCUCAUUUUGAGGUUAGUGUUGAUAUACUGUGAAUGCCCUCGAGGGUAUUCUGAUGCAACAUGGGUUUUGACAAUGAGUGCAUAUUAAACAUCCAAUCUCUUGCUGGCGAAUACUUUUGUCCUGUUUGUCGAACCCUCGUGUAUCCACAUGAAGCACUCCAGACACAGUGCACUCAUCUAUACUGCAAGCCCUGUCUGGCAUAUGUUGUAGGCAGCACUCAGGCCUGCCCUUAUGAUGGAUACUUGGUAACCGAAGCUGGUUCAAAGCCACUCAUGGAAUCUAACAAGGCAUUGGCAGAAACCAUUGGGAAAACCUCUGUACAUUGCCUCUAUCAUAGGAGUGGCUGUGUGUGGCAAGGUGCUUUAUCAGAGUGCACAUCUCACUGUUCAGGAUGUGCCUUUGGCAAUUCUCCAGUUGUAUGCAACCGAUGUGGACUUCAAAUUGUGCAUCGCCAAGUACAGGAACAUGCUCAGACCUGUAAUGUCAAUGGUACAAAUAAUCAACCACAAGGGUCUGACACUGCACAGGAUGCUGCUGUAUCAGUUGAUCAAAGCAAAAUUGCUAAUCAAACAGCAGCACCAGCUUCCCAGCCACAUCAAGUGGCAGCUCAGCCUCAGACUGCUACCGCUUCUUCCAAUGUUCAGAACCUGAAUCAGACUCCACCAACUAAUCCUCUACCCCAAGUUGCACCUGCAACUGCUGUGCCAGCACCUGAACAAUGGUAUCAACAACAACAACAACAACAACAGUAUCAGCAAUAUUACCAACAAUACCCUGGUUAUGAUCCAUAUCAGCAGCAGACUUAUCAACAAUACUACCCGUAUCAACAGCAGCCACAAAACCAGCCUCCUGUUCAGCCACAGCCUCAAUCUCAGCCUCAAAUCCAAGCCCCUGUACAACCUCAGCCACAAAUCCAACCCCAACCCCAGCCACAGGCCCAAGUUCCACAACAAUUUCAGAUGUACUCUCAAGCUCAGCCACAAAUUCCAUCGAAUGUACAGCCUCAACCUCUCUAUUCUCAGGCUGCAGUGGUUGGCUCAAGUCAAAACCAGGCUCAAGUUAAUCCACAACAGCAAGUUCAUCCAGGAGCUCAGAUUCAGUCACAGAAUCAGCCCCUUGCUCAUGGGCACAUGCCUCCUCAGUCAUACCCACAAGUUCAACCACAUCCUGUUCAAAGUCACGCCCAAUCACAACCACAACCACAACCACAAUCACAAAUGCAAGUGCCUCAAUAUCAGCAACCUCAUUCACAGAUGCACUAUUCUCAGCCUCCUCAAGUGCUUCCUCAAGCACAUCCACCUUUUCAACCACUUCCUCUUCCUCCACCUCAGUCCCAACCUAUGAAUCCUCAGCAUCCCCCAGUUCACUCUUUGUCUGGUCAUCCCUCUUAUCCCUCACAACCACACCAACCAAUCCAGCAUGCUCCACCUAUGCAAGUGCAACCACCAACUGGGUCUUUACCACCUACUCAGUUUCCACAACCACCUCCUCAUAUGCGUCCUACUCAACCUCCUCAUAUGUUGCCUUCACAAGCCCCACCCACACAGCAGCUCAUCCAUCCUCAUAAUCAACCAGCUCAUCCGCGUCCUAUUGUGCAUCAGGUUCAGCAACCAACACCUCAGCAGUAUGUGCAGCAACCACAAGCAUUUCCAGGACAACUACACCAUGCUGGUCCUUUCGCUCAGGUGCAACCACAGCCUAUGCAGCAACCUAGUCAUGGCUUUGUUCAACCAUCGCAGGGUACUGCAUUGCCACCUCAAAGCUAUAUGGGAAGACCACCUAUGUUGAAUCAGGGAGGCCAGUCACAGCAGUUCACUCAACCCCAAUCUUCUGGAAUACCAGGUAUUCCACCUCAUGCCAGACCACCACAGUAUGGUCCAAGCCAGCCUUUGGUAAACAUGACAAACCAACCACAUGUGUAUCCGGAGCAGCAACUUAACCAAUACGCACCACCUUUGGGUGGUGCAUUGGUGGACAGGAAAGGCGAUCCGACAUUUGAAAGAAGGGUGGAACAACAAGAAGAUAAAUCACCCUCGCUAAAGAAGUCUGAUGAAUUCAGAGCUAAUUUCAAUGAAGUAAAACCUGAAACAGGCAUCAACGAUGAAUUGAAAACUGGAAAUGGCGGUGAUGAUGACCACAGGAAAGAUGAAAAGGAUGGUGUUUCUGAGUUGCAUCAGGUCCAAGGGGUUCCAGGUGAUUCUGGCAUUGUACAAAGAGUGAAAGAAGAGAGCAAGGAUGGUGUUUCAGAUCACAACAAAGCAGAGGACGGGGGAGUUGCGACCAGAGACUCCAUGAAACAAGGGGAAGCACAGAGUUCUUCUGAAGUCGAUAAUGGGUCACUUGGUGUUCCUCCUGGAAGUUGUAUCCAACAGGGGCAUCAUGAGAGAAGCUUUAGUCAAUCCCAAACUCCCCCUCAAGGCCAGAUUGGUGAUAUGUCAGGUGGGUUUCCAAGCAACCCUGCUCCUCUUACCGAACAGGGAAGAUCUCCACAUCCUCAGGUGCCAUAUCCGCCAUCUGGGCAGCAACAGAGACCUGCUGGAACACCAGGGAAUCCCCCAAGCCAUUUAAGGCCUCCUGGGCAUGGUUAUUUGCCUCAUGGACCUCAUCCAGGCGAUCAUUUCCAGCCACCUGGUUCUUUCCAUCCUGAUUUUCCAUUGGGUGGACCACCUAACAAUAGUAGCAGCAGGGGAUAUGAACCACAAUACAAUGGCAGGCUUAAUAAUAGGAUGUCUCAAGGUGAGCCAUUGGGACCAUCACUGCCACAUGGUCCUGAUGGCCAAAACGCCCCUCGUCAUCCUGGUCCAAUGGAAUCUGAUAUAUACCAUGACCAGAGGCCAUCUCAUUUCAACAGUAGACGACUGGAUUCUCAUAUACCUGGAAAUGUAGACAGGGGACCUUAUCCUUUUGGUGGUGAAUCUAAUUCAAUGAGGAUAAAUGGGGCCCCACCAGUAGGUCUUCUCGACUCCCGUGAUGAAAAAUUUAGAACUCCUGAUACUUUUCCCAUGGGUCAUCAUGAGCAAGGCAGACUGUUUCCUCACUUAGAGGAUUCUCCAAAGUAUGGGAGUCGCUCAUCAAGGGCAUUUGGUGGUUAUGGAAUGGAUGGACCAUCAAGGUUUUUUGAUAAAGAUCCCCAUGGAUACGGAUUUGAUGGUCCUGGCAGUGGAGGAUACUUGCCUCCCUAUCAUCCCAAUGACUCUGGUGGAAGACCACUGGCACUUCAUCAUGAUGAUAAUAUUAAUAGGGGAAGGUUUGGGCCUGAUUUUCACAGACCAAUGCAUGGUUUUGGUCGACGUUCAUUACACAACUUUGAUGUUGAUGGCAGAGAGAUGGAAAGACAUUCAGCUGGUGAAAGAUUUGGCCCUCCUGUUCACAUGCAUAGAGGGGAGUUUGAUGGCCCAAGGGGUGGUGAACGUGAACCUUUUGGGCUGAGGAAUCGUGGCUCUUUCCAAGAUUAUGGGGAACCAAAUGGGCCUGGGGGAUUCUCCCAUAAACCGCCUUUUGGUGUCAAGUCAGCUCGUCCACAUCUGGGAGAGCCUGGUUUUAGAAGUAGUUAUUCUCGCAAGGGAUUCCCAAGUGAUGGUGGAUUUUUUUCAGGUGGGCCUGAUUCAUUUGAUGGGUUAAGGAAGAGAAAUACAUAUAGCAUGGGGUGGUGUCGAAUUUGCAAAAUUGACUGUGAAAGUGUGGAAGGUCUGGAUAUGCAUGGUCAAACGCGUGAGCACCAGAGGAUGGCUAUGGAUAUGGUUAUUACCAUUAAGCAAAAGAAUGCUAAGAAACAUAAAGCAUCUAAUGACCAUUCUGCACGUGAGGAGCCAAGCAAAUUGAGAAAUACAGAGGUUCAUGCUCGUGUGAAUGCAUCUUAG